GUUUUGCUAAUUUGGUUUCUACUUCUUAGAUCGAUCUAUGGUUAGUUGUUCCCUGGAAGCUGCGUAUUUUGGUUCCUUGGUCUGGUUUCCCAUUUGUCUCUUCCCUUCUGUUUUGGUGGGCGGUCUAAAGGACCUCAACGAUCAAAUUCGAUAUAAAUUAUCGUUGAUUUCUUCAUCUUUGGGAAAAUCAUCGACAACCCUUUUCAGUUUCUUCGUCUUUCGCAUCUGAUUCUGAUUUUGAUUCCCCUAAACUUAUUCCUUUCUUGUUCUGUGUUUUUCUUCUUUCCUCUUUUGGAAAUCUUUGUUUUGGUGAUUUGGAUCGCAUAGUUUGGAUUUGAUUUCAGAGUUAGAGAAUGUACAACGGUAUGAUGGAUCCUGAAUUGAUGCGCAUAGCUCAAGAGCAGAUGAGUAGAAUCUCCCCAACUGAAUUGGCCAAAAUCCAAGAGCAGAUGAUGGCCAAUCCUGAGUUGAUGAAAAUGGCGACGGAAAGCAUGAAGAACAUGAAGCCAGAAGACUUGAGAAAUGCUGCUGAACAGUUGAAGUAUGCUCGUACAGAAGAUAUGAUAGACAUUGGUUCAAAGAUGGCUACUGCCAAACCUGAAGAGAUAGCAGCUAUGCGUGCUCAUGCAGAUUCCCAGAUCACAUAUGAGUUGAAUGCUGCUCAGAUGCUAAAGAAACAGGGUAAUGGGCUUCAUAGCCAGGGGAGGUUCCGUGAUGCUACAGAGAAGUAUUUGCUUGCAAAGAACAACCUAAAGGGAAUUCCAGAUCCUAGAGCUACCGCACUUCAGUUGGCAUGUUCUCUGAACUUGAUGUCCUGCUACUUGAAGAUGAGGCAGUAUGAUGAGUGCAUAAAGGAGGGUUCUGAGGUGUUGGCAUAUGAUGCAGACAAUGUCAAAGCUUUAUACCGGAGGGGUCAGGCAUAUAAAGAAUUAGGACAAUUAGAAGAUGCUGUGUCUGACUUGAAGAAGGCGCUUGCGGUGUCUCCAAAUGAUGAAACUAUUGCAGGUGUUCUGAGGGAUGCCGAGGAAAGAUUGGCAAAAGAAGGUGGAGGGCAACGGAGAGCAGGACGAUUAGUCAUUGAAGAAAUAACUGAAGAAGAAGUCCGGACUGUCCCUACUGAAAGCCACAAAAGCUCGACAUCAACAGAGUAUUCUGUGACACAGCCACUGGAAGCUGGUGAAUGCUUUCAAAGCCAAAGUGCUUCCAACUUUAGUGGGCGUACUACUGAGGCUGAGUGUUUGCAGGGUUUGAAAGAUGAUCCAGAAGCCAUCAGGUCGUUUCAAAAUUUUAUUUCAAAUAACCCUGAGACUCUGGCCAGUAUGAGUGCUGGAGGGGUUCCCCCGGACAUGGUUAAGAGUGCCUCGAGUAUGAUCAGCAAAAUGUCACCUGAAGAACUUCAAAAAAUGCUCUCCAUGGCUUCAUCAUUUCAGGGGACAAGUUCAUAUUUUCCUGGAGGGACAACAGAAAAUCGAGGUGACAGUUCAAGAUCAGGAUCAUUGCCACCAGGUGUGUCACCUGACAUGCUCAAAACUGCAACUGAUUUGAUGAGUAAGAUGUCACCAGAAGAGAUGCAGAAGAUGUUUGAAGUUGCUGCUUCUUUGAGAGGGAAAGAUCCUGUUUCAACAGCAAAAGCAGUUGAUUCAAAUGGUCCCAGAUCAGAGAAUGGGUCGAAUUUCGCCACAAUUAAUGGGAAUUCUGAUGUAGGCGGAAGUAGUUCUCGUCAGUUGCGUUCAAAUUCUAAAAUUCCACCAACUUUUCCUAACUCAACUGCUGAUUUGCAAGAACAGAUGAGAAACCAGAUGAAUGAUCCAGCAAUGCGUCAGAUGUAUACAUCAAUGAUCAAGAAUAUGAGCCCGGAAAUGAUGGCAAACAUGAGCGAACAAUUUGGAGUAAAGCUUUCACGUGAGGAUGCAGAAAGGGCUCAACAAGCAAUGUCUUCUUUAUCACCCGAAAACUUGGAUAGAAUGAUGCGGUGGGCAGAUAGGGUACAGAGAGGUGUGGAAGGUGCAAAGAAGACUAAGAACUGGCUUUUGGGGAAACCAGGAAUGAUUCUUGCGAUAUGCAUGCUCAUCUUGGCAAUUGUCCUUCACAGGCUGGGCUUCAUUGGCAGUUGAGAGUUGAAACUGUGAUCCAAUUCACUAUUUGUGUCAUAAAGAGACUUCUAACAGAGUAGGACAGGUCCAUUCCAGCUUGAUGACAGGUUGUAGUUACCCAGCUGGUCUGGUCUGGUCUGGUCAUUUCAUUGUAUAACAUGGGAGGGACUAUAGGAGUAGUAGUUCAAUGAUUUUCUCAGUUGUAUGGUGGGUGAAGAAAAUGGGAUGCAUCUACCCAAUAUGGGUUAAUGACGUGAUAAAUUAAGGUGGUUGGGAACCUAGAGAGGGGAAGGUAAAGGUAAAGAUACCACUUUGCAUGGUCUCUUCAUAUUAUGGUUUUGUUUUGUCUUGUAGGAAUUUUUUUUUUCUUUUUCUGUGAAGAUUUCUUCAUCGAAUCAUUAAUUUUAGAUAUAAAUGGCAACUUGGAAGAAACACCAGCAUUCUAUCCAAUUGUUUUUCUGGUAGA